AUGAAUCCGGAUCAUCAUAGUAUUAAUACUGGCGGUGGCCAGCCGCCUGGGAAUUCUGAGUCACAGAAUCAAAGAGUACAAUCAGCUCAACAGCAAAGUAUUACUCCUACGACUUCUGCAACAGAUCUAAGGGUGAACUCUGCAGCUGUAAAUGUCGCUUUGUCUAGCGUCGCAAAAUAUUGGGUGUUUACAAAUUUGUUUCCCGGUCCAAUACCUCAAGUUUCCGUAUACGGUUUGCCAACAAGUACAAGGAUUGAAAAUGGGAAACCAGUACAGGAUCUUGGACAGACCCAUACAAGUAUACUUAAUGGAGACCCCAAUAUUAUAUUGGGUCACCACAGUGGACAAUCACAGGUUACAGUCUCUGCCGGUGGCCAACAAAUACCAAUAUCUCAAAUUAUCACAACCCAAUCAGGACAAGGACAUGAAACCCUAGUGGCUCACACCCAGCAACAAGAGAUGUCAAGCCAGCAGUCUUCCAGUGGAACAUCACAGGUACCCAAUAGUCGGGUCGAGUUUGUUCAACACCAUAACAUUGAUAUGGUAAAUUAUGUGGGCCAUCAUUCACAACAUAUCUUGCAACAGCAGUUAAUAGCAGCCAGACCAGAUCACUCCAACCAACAGAUACAACUGACAGUAAGUGAAGAUGGUAUAGUAACUGUUGUAGAACCAGGAGGUGGGAAGAUGAUUGACAAAGAUGAACUCCAUGAAACCAUCAAAAUGCCCACAGAUCACACUCAUCUUACUGUGCAUCAGCUGCAACAAAUUGUUGGACAUCAUCAGGUCAUAGACAGUGUUGUCCGCAUAGAACAAGCGACUGGUGAACCAGCAAAUAUUCUUGUGACUCAAAACCCCGAUGGUACAACUUCUAUAGAAACGAGUGCAGUAGAUCCUCUUCUGGUGAAAGAUGAGAAGAAUGUUGCCAAGAUUGAAUCGGCACAAUUUGCUGCACCGGCCGACAUAAAAGAUAUUAAGGGGAUUGAUUUAAAGAGUGUAAGUAGUAUGGGAGUGGAAGGUGCAGUGGUAAAGAUCUCGGCUGGUGCUGCUGACCAUGACCUGCAUGCCAUGUACAAAGUGAAUGUGGAAGACCUUUCUCAACUACUCGCCUAUCACGAGGUCUUUGGGAAACUUAGCAAUGAACAGCAAACACCUCAACAGCAGCAACAGCAACAACAGACACAACCCAAUAAGCAGCCAGUUCUGUAUGAAGUCGAACUAGAGGCGAGUACAAGUGCAUCCAUGUCUGAAGCAGAGGCGUCUCCUGGUCACCAUGCUUGUGAUAUAUGUGGGAAAAUAUUUCAAUUUCGAUAUCAACUUAUUGUUCACAGACGGUACCAUGGUGAAGGCAAACAAUAUCCAUGUCAAGUGUGUGGCAACGCUUUUUCUAAUCCAACGGAAUUGUCUAAACAUGGGAAAUGUCAUUUAGCUGGUGACCCAGCAGACAAAUUGAAGCGUCUAUCUCAAGACAAGCCUUACGCCUGCACAACUUGCCAAAAGACCUUCUGGCGGAAGGAACAUCUUGACAACCAUGUCAGAACACACACCGGGGAAACGCCAUACAGAUGCCAAUAUUGCGCAAAGACAUUCACCCGUAAGGAGCACAUGGUGAACCAUGUUCGUAAACACACGGGCGAGACUCCGCACCGCUGCGAGAUCUGCAAGAAGAGCUUCACGCGCAAGGAGCAUUUUAUGAACCACGUCAUGUGGCAUACGGGUGAAACGCCGCACCAUUGCCAAAUUUGCGGCAAGAAGUAUACUAGGAAGGAGCAUUUAAUGAACCAUAUGCGAUCGCAUGCGAACGACACACCGUUCCGAUGCGAACAGUGCGGAAAGUCCUUCACCAGAAAGGAACACUUCACCAAUCACAUUCUGUGGCAUUCUGGUGAAACACCGCAUCGGUGCGACUUCUGUUCUAAGACUUUCACUCGAAAAGAACAUUUGCUUAACCAUGUUCGACAACAUACGGGGGAAUCCCCGCAUCGGUGCAGUUUCUGUUCCAAAUCAUUUACGAGACGUGAACAUCUCGUGAAUCAUGUGCGGCAACACACCGGCGAAACACCUUUCCAAUGCGGCUACUGUCCUAAGGCGUUUACAAGGAAAGAUCAUUUAGUAAAUCAUGUCCGCCAACAUACCGGGGAAUCGCCACACAAGUGCUCAUACUGCACCAAGUCCUUUACGCGCAAAGAGCACUUGACAAAUCAUGUUCGGCAACAUACCGGCGAAUCUCCUCAUCGCUGUACGUUUUGCUCCAAGUCAUUCACCAGGAAGGAACAUCUCACUAACCAUAUAAGGCAACACACAGGGGAGACUCCCUUCAAAUGUACAUACUGCAACAAAGCAUUCUCGCGAAAGGAACACCUCACGAAUCACAUGCACAUACACACUGGGGAGACGCCGCACAAAUGUCCUUUUUGCACCAAGACGUUUUCGAGGAAAGAACAUUUAACUAAUCAUGUGCGGAUACACACGGGCGAGUCGCCGCACCGUUGCGAAUGUUGCGGCAAAACGUUCACCCGAAAGGAACAUCUCAACAACCACAUGCGACAGCACACUGGAGAUAGCCCUUUCACGUGUAAAGCGUGCUCUAAGACAUUCACCCAAAAGGAGCACCUAGUCUCACAUAUGAAGUCACACGCUUGUAGCGACAAGCCGUUCGUUUGCGGCGAAUGUGGAAAAGCAUUCCCGCUCAAAGGCAAUCUCCUUUUCCACGAGAGAUCCCACUCGAAAUCCGCCACGUCAAAAGUAUUCAAAUGUACCAUAUGUUCUAAAGAAUUUAUGUGCAAAGGUCAUUUAACAACGCAUCGUCGCACGCAUACUGAGAACACGAAUCAGGAAAAUGCUGAAGACAACGAUGUUUGUAUGGAGGAAUGUGGAAAACCGUUUGAGGCAGACCCCCUGGAUGUUGAUAGAAAACCGGAUAUUAGGCCUCCAUCGGAAAUGGAAGUGACCGAAAAUUCAGUUCCUCAACCUAACACUGUGAUGCAAGUGACUACUCAGCAAGUGCGUGCAACAGUCCCAUCCAGCUCCACCAACGUCCCUACUGGCGCGUUUGCUCAGACGCAGCAUCACACCGCCGUAGCGCAUCACACCGUCACCGUUAACUACUAG